AUGAUUAAUUUUGGUGAUUAAGUGGGACAUAAAUUAUUUUGUUAAAAUAGUUUAGUUUUUACAUAUUCAGGAGAAGACUUAUUAAUAUUAGAAAAAGACACAAUGAAAAUGAGUAAUAGAAUCAAUGUAGGUAGUGAAAUAUUAACAAUCGGUGUAAAUGGGGACAUUUAUAUUUUGACUAAUAAUUAAGAAUUUAUUGUAUAUUCUGUAGAUGGUAAACGAUUAUAGAGUAAGUAACACAAAGGAAAAGUGUUUAAUCAUGCAUUAUUUCAUAAUGAUCAUUUUAUUGCUAUUGAUGGAACUAAUAUAAUUAGAGUAGGAAUAACUAGUUCUAUAAUAUAUGAUGCAUAAUAAUUAAGAAAAAUAACAAAUAUUGAAUAUUCGGGAUAUAAGGAAUAAUUAAUCAUUGCAGAUGACAAGUGUAUUCAUGUAAUAGGUAAUGAAGAUAAAAUCUUAAGAGAAUUCGGUAUAGGAAUAACAAUAAUGAAAUUGGAUGAUGAUUAAGAUCUUUUAGCAUGUGGAUUAGCUAAUGGUUAAUUAGUAUUACUGUAAUAUUCAACUGGUAUUAUAAUUUAAUAAGAUCAUUGGCAUGCUCAUUAGAUUAAUGCAUUGUUAUUUUAAGGUGCAUCACUCUAUUCUGCUGGUUAAGAAGGUGUUAUUGUAUAAUGGCAUUUAAGAGUUGCAAGAAAAGCAUUCUUUCCAAGAUAAGGAGGAGAAAUUGUAGCUAUAUGUAAUGCUGAUGAUAAUAUUAUUAUUAAUGUUUAAGGAAUUAAUCAAAUUAAGUAGAUUUCAUUAAUGGGUUAAAACAAAUUACCUAUUUAUUAAGGAAUUCAUCAUGUUUAUCCUAAAACAUUUAUCACUUUCUAAAAUAAAUUAAUCACUUAAGGAGCUAAUGGAACUUUAUAAGUUAUUCAUCCUAUUUAAGGUACUCUAUUAAAUGUCAUUCCAAUAUCUUAGAAAAAUUAUGUUUCUAAUAUUGAUGAAUCAUAUAAAAGAGAUACAACCACUAUUAAAUAAGUAUUAUUAUUUUAUCUAUUCUAGUUUGCAAUAUUAGAUAGAUUUUUAAUUGUUCUUUUGACAUCUACACUUAAAUAAACACUUUCAAUUUUUGAAAACAUUAAUAAUUUUGAAUUUAAUCUGAUUACUACAACUGAUUAUGAAAUUGAAGGUAUGGAUACAGGUCAUAAUUCUAUUAUCACUUGGGGUAAUGGAGAAAUUAGAUUAUGGAAACAAAUUAAGUAAAAUAAAGGAUAAUAUAAUUGGAAUUGUAUAUUCAGAGCUAAUGGCUAUAAAGGAACUAAAAUAUUAACAUCUUUUAUCUAAGAUGAAUAAACCAUUAUAAUUGUUACAUCUAUUACUAUUUUAUAUGUAAACAUCAAAAAUAAUAAUAUUGUGAAAGAAGUAACUUUAGAUUAAACAUCACCUGAAGCUGCUUUUAUUUAUUAAUCAGGUGUAAUAGUUUGUAAUGGAGGCACUAUUACUAUCUAUCAAGAUACCAAAAAAUAAAUUAUCACCUAAUUUGGUAAUGCUUAAUCUAUUUCCAAAAUUAAUGAAAAUUUAAUCACUAUUUAAUAUGAGAAUUAAGUGGCUUUAAUCUUAGAUCUCAAACAAUCUAAAAUUCUUCAUGGAAUUGCCUCAUAAAAAUUAGUAUCAGCUAUUAUAAAUGGCAGGUAUCAUAUAAAUUAAAUAUUUUAGAACUCUAUUAUAUUCUUACACAAACAAAAAUAAUUUAUAUAAAUUUGUUACUGUUUUAAGUACUGAAAGAAAAGCCUCUUUAAUGAUGGAUGAAUAAGAAACUGCUCAUUUUGAAUAAGUUGAAUAACCUGAUAAACCUAUAAUCUAAGAUGAUGCAACACUUGAUCCAAAUGUCUAUAGGCGUUUAUAAUUAGCUAAAUAUGCUAGAUAAAUGUAAUAUCAUAACUUUAUUUCAAGAAAAGAACUCAACAUUAGAGAAUUUUUAACUACCUAAUCCUAAAUGUUGCCUUCCUUAACAUUUCUAGCUGAUCGAGUCAUUGAUGUUUUUAAAUAAGAUCUAAGUGAAUAACAAAAAAAUUAAUCAUUUGGAACCAAUCUAAAUCAAGAAGAAUCAUAAUCUAAUCAAUUUAAGACAUCCUUAUAAUUACAUCAAUUAAAGAAAUUGUUUAAAUGA